AUGCCGUUUUCUACGGUCGAACGAUCAUACAAGCGUUUUAGACCGACUGAUGCCUUUGAUAUUGAUGAAGAUGACCUCUACUCUCAUUAUUUCACUCCACCGCACUCCAUGGUAGCCUCCAUGCAACCACCUGCCACUAUCGGCAGCAACUACGUUCCGACAACGACAACGACAACACAACGAAUGUAUCAGCGAAAGACACCAUCCUUGCCAACAAUAGACACCAUGAGCGACUUUGGAAGCUUGCAAUACAACAACAGCCCUCUUACACCACUUGAGUCUGGCAGAGGCAGCAUUGAUAUGGGCAGCAGCUUUGAUAAUGAGGAGAUCCCUGAAGAAACCAUCAGUGGUGGUUCACCCACAUGCACGUUCAACAAUAGCCAGAUGAUUUUACAAGAUACUUCUUCUUCCAAGUUUCAUAUCUCGUAUACCGAUCUUGGUUUCAGCAUUGAAGCUCGUCUUGCCAAUGUAUCCGAUUUGCGAAUGUUGAUCGAUGCUUUCAGCUCAAUAUGCAUGCCAUCCCAUGAAGAUGAUCAUCAUCAUCAUGUUGGUGAUCAAUCAUCCACCUCUUCAAGCACAAGUCCACAAUCAACAAGCAGCAGCAAUAAGGGCAUUGUACUGUAUCGCAAUCGAAGUUCACGUACCAAACCAGUCAACUUUUUCGCCUCCGUGAGCUCGUUGGGGCAAUUGAUGCAACCUCAUUCAAAGCAUGGACCUCGGAUGAGUUUACGACAAAUUAUGGAUUUGUGUAUUGAUACCUAUUUCACAUGUUGGGUGCGAUACACAUCCAUCUUGGCACGAGACGAGUUCAUGACCUGGUACAAGAAUCAUCCAUCACCCAGCAAAACAUUGAUUGUCAAUGCUAUUUGUUGUCACAUUUUCAGACAUGCCAUGGUCCAUCACGCCCCACCAGAAUUAUCACGCUUCUUUUUGACUGAUACACGCCUAUUGAAUGAACAAGAAGAAUUCUUUUUCAAUCGUGCACGUGAUUGCUUGGCACAAUCCUUUGAUUGCCCUGAUCGACAUAUGGUGGUCGCUUUGUUGCUUAUGGGCAGUCGUGCUGAACCAAGUCGACAGCAUCAAUACGCUGGCAUGGCUGUCCAAGCCUUGCACGAACUCGAAAUUUACCCACGGGUGGAUACGGAUACCGACAAUGAAUCCUUUGAUAAGGAAAUGGAUACUCGUCUUUGGUGGUACGCUUGGGCUAUCGAUUUUUACUUGUAUUCUUCUGGUCUUCCCAAGAAUACCCCACAGACUCGUAGUGCUCUUCCAGUGGAUUUACCCCGAGUAUUCGAGCAAGACAUUGAUGAAGCAGAGAUUGGUGUGCUGGCACACGUGCAUUGCCUUGUCUUAUGGCGUAUGCAAGCUGAAAUUGUCAAUACGUUCUACGAGCAGGACUCUGAAAUGACGGUCGAGCAGCUGCACUCUUACGACACACGCCUCUUGACAUUAUAUGAACAACUACCCGCUUAUUUGCGAUUCAACAGUGGUUUCGAAUACGGUUGUGAAGAUCUCUUUGUCGCAUGUUUACGUGUCAACAUUGAAUACAACGCAACACGUAUGAUCCUUCACAAGCUCUUUAUUCCAGACGUCAAUGACAGCUAUCAUCCAAGUCGAUUUUCCCUUGAAUCUCUCAACAUUUGUCUUUCCACAGCAUUACGGCAAUUGAGGACACUGAAUACAUGUCUAAGGACCACCUAUGGACCAUGUGCAUUUGAUCGAGAUGAAUUAUGGCGUGCAGCUGAAAUCAUUUCUAUGGCUAUGGAUAUCCAUCGAGCUUGCGGAUCACCCAUCAUUCUUAAACAAAUUGAUCGAGAUGAAUAUGAACAAGGAUUGGAAAUCGCACUUGAAAUGCUCAAAAGAACCCCUGAAUAUCAAGUCAAAUGCAAGGAUUGGAUCCAAGUGGCUGAUUGGCUUGACGCUGAAUUAAGACGACAUCAAUUAUAUCAUGCUCAUCCAGAUCAAUCAUCAUUGCGCAAACGUCCCAAAUCACCCGAUUUCUUUUUGGCCAAUUUGAAACCAUCAGCAAGACAACAUCAUCAGCAGCAGCAACAUCCUGAUCAACAACAACAACAAUCAGCCUUGUCAUCAUCAUCUUCAUCAUCAUCACCACCAAUAACCGCUAACGAUCAUACCAUUCUUGAACAACAAGCAACGCAUGAAUUAACACCAUCCGGAUCUAUGCUAUCAGUCUUAUCGUUUCCUCCACCUCCACCAACAUCUCAUUUACAUCAACAACACCAACAACACCAACAACAGCAGCAGUUAAAUAUGUCAUAUUCCACCCCAUUCUCAUCUUCCAUCACUUCAUAUAAUGCUCCACCACCACCUCCACCAUCACAGCAAUCAAGUUCAACUGAUCAUACACAUACCAAGGCAUUUGUUCACUUUAACCCUUAUACACCACCUACGCCUCCACCAUCACAGCGACGAUCCUCUUCUUCGUCUACAUCUUCUCGGUCAUCCACCAUCAAAGCCAGCAAUCAGACACGUUUCCGCUACUUUAAUCCUCGUAAAAUGAACAAGUUUCUAUUCAUUGAUGAAAACCCCACCUUGUAG